CUUCUCGACAUCAUGCGCAAGGAACGGUACAUGGUCUGUAUGUUCAACUACGUUGUUUUUCGCACCGAGGGAAGGGCGGAUGAUGAAUGGAAUGAUGCCUUCAUCAUGUCAUACAAGGACCUCGAAGAUAGGUAUGGGCCGAACGGUCUGUGUGCAGCUGAAUGGGAGAAGGAACGGGACAAGCUGCAUGUCAGCAAAGUGAAGACGGUCCCUCGACGGCUUGGAGGGGUGGAGGAGGCAAGGCAAGGAUCAAGCUUGGGCCCUACGGCGGCAAUGUAUAAGGAGGCUCCGUUCCACUUUAAGGUGUUUGUAUACACCUCAAUCGAUAAGCUAGAUAUGCUUCGGGCGGAGGUCAAACGGGUCGCCUCCAGCGCACGUCAUAUCGUGUGGGAUAAACUUAAAAAACAAACAAUAUUGCUACCGGUGUGCAUGCCAUUGAAGGAAGUGCUGGCUGCGCCAGACGACAUCGUCGCAGCGGCGCAAAAAAUGACCUGCAGGGCCGUCAUCCUUGACAUCUCCCCCGCCAACUUCUGCACGAUAUGGACCUCUCAAGAGUUCGACGCUCUGCACUCUAUGAUGACUAAGUGCUGUGGUGUUAAUUGGGUUCUUUUUGUCUUCGCAUUGCAGAAGGUGCAAAGUGAUGUUCUGCGUUGCUUAUUCCGGUGGGAGGACAUCGAACUCAUCCUGGGGACCUGGAAACGGGUGAACAGACCAUCGAAUGACAUCACGAGGUACGACAAUAUCGCUACGGCGAGUCGAGACAUAAUGGUCAUUGUCCUGCACGCGGAGGGAGGGGAUCUCAGAAAGGUCACGGUCGCACCCCACCUUAUCAAUGACCUCACAAACGUGCAUGUUGUGGAGGAGAAGUUCGGGAAGUGUCUGGGGAAACACGGUGGCAUAGAGGGCGAUGAAAAGGCAGCCGGAGCUCAAGUUCUGCGGAUUCAAGUGGAUAACGAAGGGGCAAACACUGCCGGACUCCAAUGGGAAUUUUCUCAUGGAGUGCAAAUUGUGCAAGGUAGUCAAUCGAAGGCCGCACAAUACUUCACAAUAAAGAACAACUACGCUAAAGUCACCGUGGAGCAGCUCGCGGAGAUCUGGAACAAGACAAACUACCCGUUCGAUCAGAGCCACCAUCGGAAGAUCAUCGACUUCCUGAAGUCUCGUGGGUUUCGAGAUAAUAGAAAUACUUCAGGGAGGGAGCAGGCGGGGGAGGAGUAUGACGACAGGGAGCAAGAGAGGAGGGCGGGCGAGGGGGGAGGUGAUGAUAGUGAGAGUGAUUUACAGGACAUGAACGUGCGGCGAGAGGCGGAGCGCGCCGUGGGAAAGAUGAGAGGGGACAAGGCCGUUGCCGAGGACAGCACCUCGGACGAGCACGUCGACGACGACGAUGACGACGACGAUCAGGGUGCAGACCUUGGGGCGUCUCUUGAUGGGGGUCUGAUGGCCGCUGGCCGUCGAGGCCAAGAGGGGGAUGCCAAAGCGAUGAAGGACGCCGUGCAGUCGAAGAAGAGAAAGAGGAAGGCAAAGAGACCAGCUCCUCCUCUGUCGAAGAAGGGCAAAUGGUGGUACGUGAGCGGGAUUCCAUUCGAGGCCGCGAGGAGGCCGGAGUACCAGCGAGUGAAGAAGCGGUUGCUCGAGUGUCCGCCGUAUACACAUCCUGCGUUGCCCACGCACCGUCUUAUUUCCGGCGACGGUAUUCCACAGCAGCAGCGAGUUGUGGUGGAGAUUGUGGCGGCCGUCCGCAAGGACAUUGUGGCGACGGGAGCGACCAUCCUCACGGAUGGUCGCAAGUCCAUCACUAACGACCAGAUCGUCAACUUCCUUGCUGCAGGGCCCACGGGAGCCUACCUUUUCAGGACUAUGCAGUGCGAUGGUGCUGUCCAGGGGACAGCCGAGGUGGUAGUGGAGCGAUGGAAGGACGUGUUCGACAACUUCGGUGUCGAAAACGUCAACGCCAUUUGCACAGAUUCUGCGUCCGCGUAUGUGGCUGCAUCCAAGCUCUUGGCGAAGGAGGAGGUCAAGUACAGUCGCAUUACUUGGCUUCCGUGUGCGGUCCAUGUCUGCAACUUGUUGCUGUCAGACAUUGCGAAGGACGGCACCCCUGGGAUGCUUGGGAAGCGGGAGGACACCAUCAUCAGGGCUCGAGCAGUCGUGCGGUUCAUAAGAGAGCACGAGGCGGCUCUCAGCCUUUACCGACGUUUCUCUGCCGCCCACCCCUCUUCCGCCUCCGCAGUUGCGGCCUGUUCCAGCACUGCGCCACCCUCGUCUCAGCGGCGAGGCAGAGAGCUUGUGUACCCCACACAGACAAGGUUUGCUACCCACUACUUGAUGCAGGAGAGGUUGUUGGAUCGUCGCCGAGCAUUGGAGGCGUUGAUGAUGAGCGACGACUAGCUUGUCAGGCGCGGGUCGAUCAUAUGUUGGAGCCCGCACAUUGCAUCGCCCACCUCCUCAACCCUCGCCACAAGAGCAUCACGUCUUUUGCAGCGGCGAGGCACCGCGCAUGAUAAGACCCUCGCGGACGAGUCGCUGCGAUACCUUUGCCAGCAGACUGGCGGAUAUGAGGACUUGUAUCAGAUGCUGCGCACGCAGUUGGCUGAGUUUCUUAGCCGGGAGGGCGAUUGGACGUACGGAGGGGUUGAGGGUGACAGGGACGCGUCCUCCCGUAGAGGGGAGAAGGAGACGUCGCAGGUGGGGCAGUGGUGGGUUCAGCACGGGAACAGGGUCCCUCUCCUUCAGACUUACGCUAUUCGCCUGACACACACAUGGACGUGCGCCUCUCUAGCGGAGAGGAACUGGGCCAUCCAUGAGCGUGUUCAAGUGAAGAAGCGUCACCAGCUUGGUUUUAUCAAGCUGGCUCGUUUGGUGGAUAUAUCCACCAACUUGAGAUUGAGUCGUUGUCAGGGGAGGGGUUCAACGUACGUUCUGCCAUGGGAGGACGCUGAGGAGGAGACAGAGGACAGCAUUCCUCCGCCUCAUGACGAGGGUGUUCGGCUAGCUGACCGAGUCACGGAGGCGCAGCGCAAGCGGCAGGUGCAGCGCGGGCGGAAGGAUCGCCUUUCCAAGGCUCCGCCCAGCGUCGAGACAUAUUUCGGUCGUCGCUCCACGGUGCUCAUGCCGACUGAGUUGGACGCCGUGUACGAUCCCGAGCCGGAUCCUAUGGCUGAGGACCCGAUGGAGGCGGAGCCGUGGUCCGAUCCAGACGAUCUGGCAGUGGAGUCUGAGCCCAGAGAUUCUGAUGAUGGUGGCGACGAUGCUUCUCUUGGCGACGAUGUUUCUCUUGCCGAGAUGUUGCGUCCUUGGACACGUGCUUCCACCGCAUCCGCUGCGCAGGAUCCUCCUCCCCCUCCACCUCCGCCCCGAGUGCGCGUCCUUCCACUGCAUCCGUUGCGCAGCAUCCACCUCCCCCUCCACCUCCGCCCUCGAGUGCGCGUGCUUCCACUGCAGCCGCUGCGCAGCAUCCCCCUCCACCUCCACCUCCGCCUUCGAGUGGUCGUGCUCCCACUGGAGCCGCUGCGCAGCAUCCCCCUCUACCCACAGAUCGUCCAGGACAUGGCGAGCAGUGGACUCGCGAGAUUGUUGACAAGCGAGACGACGACGACGACGAUGAUAGAGAGGGGUACGAGGGCAGCAGUGAGGACGAGGAUGAUCCCGCCUAUUCCCCGAGACGCGGACAUGGUGACGACGAUGACGACGACGACGAUGGCAGCGAUGGUACACAUGCUGCAGGUGGUUUGCGGAGGUCGUAUCGACAUCGUGCCGACCAAUGCAGUGGUGCAGGCACGGAAGACAGUGGUGCAAGCAGGGGUGUCGGGGGCGCAGGACACACAGGGGGUGCGGGCUGUGGUGGCGGAGGACGGGCGAGGCGAGAGUCUGCAUCCUCCACUCGCACUGUGCACUGGGUUGAUGAGGGUGCCGCGACAGGAGAGGUUGGCGCCGGGGGGCUUUGCAGAGGUUGCUGGCGAGGCUGCGCAGGUUGGGAGGGCUUCUGCGCAGUUGGGUGUCAGUUUCAGUGGUAUUAUUGAUGUUUCUUUGGGGCUUCCUCCAACACCGACAAGCGAGCGCGGCAGUGGUGACGCAGCGGCUACGCCCGUUAGUCAGAUACUCCGGGAUGUACCUUCAUGCAGCAUGGGUGACAUCAGUAGCAGCAUGUUGCAGGAGGCAGCAGCGGGGACACAGGGUUCGUUGGGGCAGGAGGAGUGUGCAGCAGGGGACGGUGGGGAUUGUCGACCUGAGCAGGAGCGAGCGCCAGAGUCGGAGCAGGACAGGAUCGACCGCGAGGAGAGGGAGAGGGCGCACGACUUGGCUAGUCGUUGCGAGAUGACACAGAGUAUUGCAUCGAGAGCACGGGCAGAGCUGAUGCUCGAGACGGGCGGUGGUGAGGGUCAUCGUGUGACGGACGAUGCAGUGCUCGCAGGCGCCGGGGAUGCAGGCGAGAGACCCACGUCGCCGGUUCAGGGUAUUUGUAUAUUGCCUAUCGUAGGAGCCAUAACGGCGGGGGAGUUGGAGCGGCAGGUACGAGAGGAUCCAUUGCAGGCAGAUCGGCGCGGAUGGAUGGACGAGGCGUCGAGGAGGUUAAUGGAAGAGGGCCCAGCUUACGUGCCCUGCAGCCCGUCACUGCCAUCGUCCACCACUGGUGCCACUACCUCCGUACAUGCUGAGGGUCCAGUCACGGGACGGAUUACCGCACUGGCACCUGCAGAGUCUCCUUCUCCCAAAUCUCGGAAGGAGAAGAUGAGAGCAGGUAAGAGUCUCAGUACUGUGGGGAGGGUGACGCAUACGAUGCGGGAGACCCAGCCCCGGCUGGCCGGUUUACAUCCGCGGACUCAGGAGGCAUUGGCCCUGGACGUUGUCGCGGAGACAGUAGGUUGGCAGGAGAGGGGCUCUAGUCGGGCGACGGAGCAGCCCAUCACAACACCUAUUGAGGCGGGGAUGCUAUGUACUGGGGGUGCACAGCAGGUAGAUUGAUUGAUUGAUUGAUUGAUUGUUUGAUUGAUUGAUUGAUUGAUUGAUUAACAUGUGCACAUAAAUUGAUUGA